AUUUCGUCGCCAUUUCCCGGUAUUUCCGAGAAUUGCCGAGAAUAAAACUCAUAAAAUAACGGCUUUUGACGGUUUUUUGCGCUUCUGCUCUUUUAUCAACAAAUAAAUAGAAAAAUUCAAGAUGCCAAAAUCAAAGGAAUUUGUUGAAAGCGACGAUAGCAGUGCCAGUGGCAGCUCUUCGGAGUCCGAAAAGAAAGGAAAGAAAAGGCAGAAGAAAGAGAUCAAAGAGAAGGAGGUCAAAGGCGCAUCAUCCAGCAAGAAAUCGAAGAACGAAAACGAUGAACCAGUGUGGGAAAUCGGCCAGAACCGCCGGGUCACUAUUCGAAAAUGGAAAGGAAAAACAUUCAUCGACAUUCGUCAGAUGUACAUAGAUAAUAACGGAGAUUUGAAGCACGGCAAACAGGGAAUAUCGUUGUCCCCAGAACUUUGGAAAGGAUUCAUGGAAGUAGUGGAUGAGGUUAACAAGACUGUCCAAGAACAAUGUUAAAGCUUUGUCACUACAAAAUAUUUAAGGUUUAAAAUUCUUCAGACUCCAUUAUGUAUAUAUUUUUUGAAGUAGAAUCUGAAGCCUUUAGCGAUAAAUAUUUUUGAAAGGGUAUUUUGUCGUCAAAUACGACGAGUUCAAAUCAUUAAAGAUUCCCAGUUUAGUUUGUGUUGAACGCAUUUCUGUUCUUAAGAAGUAAAAGCAUUUGAAUGUAAUUCUUUAGUUCGUUACCAUGUUAAGAUAGUGGUGUAUACAUUUUUCUAGGAGGUGAUCUACAAUAAUAUACGGUUCAGUGUUUUAUGUAAUUUAAUGAAAAUUAUUCAACGUUUGUCAUGGUAUAAAAAAGAGUACAAAUAAAUCAUUUUUAUAACCACCC